GCGCCCAGCUGACAGAAAUUCUUUUUCUCUGCAGCUUGUGAAUUUACCGCGGUGCAAUUCUUAAAAUGUCAACAAAUAGUAAAUACUAGUAAAAAAUAAGUAUUUUAACAAAUUAUUUUCACUUAAAUGAAUUCAAAAAUUCCCUUAGGUAUCAGGCCUCCGGCGAAAAGGCCUAAAUUAGAGUUCAAAUCAACAUCAAACGGUAAAAUGAAGGAGGAGCUCGAUGAAUAUGAACUAGAGCCGUCCGCCUUUAAUCCAAAGUACCGCGUUUGUCCAUAUUUGGACACAAUCAAUCGCCAUUUACUGGAUUUUGAUUUCGAAAAACUCUGCUCCAUUUCACUGACUCGCAUAAAUGUUUACGCGUGUCUAGUUUGCGGUAAAUAUUUUCAAGGCCGGGGCACCAAUACUCAUGCUUACACGCAUUCCGUAUCCGAGGCCCACCAUGUUUUUCUCAAUCUACAAACGUUGCGUUUCUACUGCCUGCCUGAUAAUUACGAAAUUAUCGACUCGUCGCUAGACGAUAUCAAGUAUGUGCUGAAUCCCACAUUUGAGCCCAAAGAUAUACGACAACUGGAUCGUUCGGAGCCUAAAUAUUCACGCACAGUAGAUGGCACACUUUAUCUGCCCGGUGUUGUGGGUCUCAACAACAUAAAAGCUAACGACUACUGCAAUGUGGUCCUGCACGCACUGUCACAUGUCGGCCCAUUGCGGAAUUACUUCCUGCGUGAGCAAAGUUAUGCGAAAAUCAAGAGACCGCCAGGUGAUUCUAUCUUCAAUCUUGUACAGCGUUUCGGUGAACUAAUGAGGAAAAUGUGGAAUCCACGGAAUUUCAAGGCGCACGUAUCUCCGCACGAAAUGUUACAGGCCGUGGUACUAUGGUCUAAAAAGCGCUUUCAAAUAACCGAACAAGGAGAUCCCAUCGAUUUUCUAUCUUGGUUCUUACACACACUGCAUCGCGCAAUGAAGGGCAACAAAAUGCCAGAUUCGUCCAUCAUUUAUAAAAUCUUUUUGGGGGAAAUGAAAAUUUAUACACGCAAAAUUCCGCCGGUGGAACUCGAUGAUACACAAAAAUCGCUACUGCUUGCCACAGAGGAGUAUCAGGAAAAAUGCGAGGAGUCUAACUUUUUAUAUCUCACUUGCGACCUUCCACCACCGCCUUUGUUCACCGACGAAUUUCGCGAGAAUAUUAUUCCGCAAGUAAAUCUUUAUCAGCUGCUAGCGAAAUUCAAUGGCACCACCGAGAAGGAAUACAAUACGUAUAAAGAUAAUUUUCUGAAGCGUUUCGAAAUCACGCGGCUGCCACAGUAUAUUAUACUGUAUAUCAAGCGUUUCACAAAGAACACAUUCUUUCUGGAGAAGAAUCCGACAAUUGUUAAUUUCCCCAUUAAGAACGUGGAUUUUGGAGAAAUUUUGUCUAUGAAGAACCUCGAACAGCUCAAAAAUACCAAAUACAAUUUAGUGGCGAACAUAGUGCAUGAUGGUGAACCGAAAAAAGGCACUUAUCGUGCACAUAUUUUGCAUAAAGCCAACGGCCAAUGGUACGAAAUGCAGGAUUUGCAUGUAACUGAAAUUUUACCACAGAUGAUUACACUCACAGAAUCGUACAUACAAAUCUAUGAGCGUAAUAAUGAAUGAUAAAAUAUCGAUUGUGCAUUUAAGUGAAGCUCUACUUACAUAGAUAAGUUUAUAAUAAAUUAAAUUUGUAUUUUAAGAAAAUUUAAUUUGCAAUUAAAAAAUGCAAAAUUUUGAAGAAAUGUUUCCCUUAAUUACAUUUUGUAUUUACUAGUUCCCACAAUAGACAGCAUAAUCCGUAUCUAAGUGUGUUUCCACCUACGGAGGCGGUCCACCUAAUUCACUGU